GGAAAACGAUAAGGGUGAAGAAAUAGAUGCUGCACCACCUUCAUUUGAACCAUUCAUUAAUGCUUUAUUAGAACCAGCUGCGAAAGUGCUGACUGAGUUACACGAAAGGAUCGGUAACGCGCCUGAGAGCACACCGAAGGACCUCUCAGAUGCUCGUCUUCACAUUCAAGCACUCACUCAAAAACUCGUUGACCAAGCUAGAGAAGCAGCCAAGGAUGUCGUCAGCAGGAGGCAGAGAGACGCAGCCGAAUUAAGCAAGGAGUGCAACGAUCUCGUUAGCGAUGUAGACGAUCUUCGUCUGGCGCUAGGUGAAGAUGGAAAACGCAAGACACGCUUCAAGGCCGGUGAUCUACCGGAGUCGUUAACAGCCAGGAGAGAUAGAUUAAAGGAAGAAUUCCACACUUAUACAGCCACAUACGAUCAAAGAAUUAUUAAAUUAGAUGGUUUACUCGACAGACUUCGCAAAUUACAUGCAGUUUUGGGUGAUAAAUUGGUAACUCUUCCACCAGAGUCAGAAGACAAGUUCAAGGAUGUCACUUCGUUUAGUAUGCGUACUAUGGAACAGAAUAUACAACGCGCAGAAGGUGAGCUUGCGAGGAGGAAAGAUGCCUUCAAGACAAGCUUAAUCGGAUUAAGCAACUCUCUUAUAGAAAUAGUAGAGCCCCUCCCUGAAGCUUCAAACAGUGAAGACGAAGCUAUAGUAGCUUUCGAGGAGUCUUUCUAUCCUCAGUUACCAAAAUUGAUAGAAACUGAGGAUGAGAAUAUUAUAGACAUUCUUGUUGAGACACUUAAUCCAACUGACAGUCUUCUUGAACACACGGAAUCUUUACGAGCCGGCCUUGAAGAUGAGAAGAUUCGUAGAGAAGAGGAGAUUCAGACUGUCUAUGACCAGCUCAAUCCACUCUGGGAUAAAUUAGAUGUAGAUGAAUCACAAAGGGAGCAAUUUAUUAAUACCAACAUGGGAAGUACACUCGGCGUUAUUGAAGCCUAUCAUCAGGAAUUGGAUAGAAUGUUAGAGCUGAAACGCGAAAAUAUGGCAUUAUUUGUACAGCGUAUACGUGGAGACAUCGAGAAACUAUGGGAUUAUAUGCAGGUUGGAUCAAAUGAGCGAUCCCAAUUCACUGCUUUUACAGAUGACUCAUUCAACGAUGAAUGCCUUGCUGAACAUGAAAACAUACUUGCUGUAUUACAAGAAGAGAAGAACACGAAAGGAAAGAUACUCACGAAGGUGCAUCUAUACAAUCAGAUCGUAUCCGAGGAGAUACAAUUACAGGAAAGUGCAAAUGAUGCAUCACGGCUGUUAGGUCGCGGACCGAGAGACCCAGGUCGUCUUAUCCGUGAAGAAAAGAUGCGCAAGAGGGUAGCCAAGAAAUCUCAAAUUGAGGCAGACCUCCUGGAAAUGCUCGAAAGCUGGGAAAAUGAGAACGCUAGGAUGUUCCUCAUAAACGACGAGCACUUUGCAGAGACUCUCAAGCAGCGUAUAGCAAGUAAAGCCCAAGAGAAGGAGAACAAGCGUAAGGGUAAGGGUGGAGGACCACCACCAGUAACCCGCAAAGCGUCAAAUUCAUCCCUGAAUGGUUCCACAAACUCGACAACAACGACGAACAAGAGAAAACCACUUCACGCACCACAGGAGAGCAUAACUCCAGCGCCAUCUGCAAAACGCAUGCGAGUAGGUUCAGCUGAAAGUAACAAGGGCGUUGUGAAUAGUAUAACGAAGUCUACACAUUCCCACAAUUCAGCUAUAAAGCCAAAAAGAAUGGUAAAUAAGCAAGCACCACCGCGGUACCCAAUAGCACUCUCCUCUGUGGCAGAAUCACCGGCUAAUGGCCAUGAUCCAUUCGGAAAGCCAGCGCAGGCGCAGGCGAGAUCAAAAACUAUGCCUAGUAAAAAAUCCAGAAGGAGUAGUUUCAAACCAGAGACGCGCGUCGCGAGUGUGUCGAGCGUGAUAGACCACCAAUACGCAGAAUUGGAAGCGAUAGCGGCUGGAGAAGAAGAAGAUUGGUGAAUAAAUUUUUAGUAAAUUGUUGUAAUAUUUGUAUAUUUGAUAAUUGGAGUGAAACUAAGAUUGCCACGAUGUGACUAAGCUAUAGAGUAGUGAAUAUUGAGAGAUGUAUAUCUAGGAUGAUAGAUAUAAGAUGGUUAUUAAAUAAAAAGAAUAUAAAAAUUUA